UUUACGCACAGAAAUAUCACUGACGUGUCCACGGAAAGGCGAGCUACUUCAAAGGUUCAUGAUUAUUCUCGUUUCACGCAAGACGAAAACAACAUUGGUAGACGAAUUGUGUUAAUUACAGUGCGAUUUGUGAAAUUAAGCAGCGUAAUUAUGGCGGCGGUGUUGAAUAAUUUUGUAAAUUCCUUCACGAACAGAUUGGAAUCACCGGUUAGACAACACUUAAAAAAUGUCUACGGUUGUCUGUCCUUAUCAACAUUAUCAGCUGCUGCAGGAGCUUAUAUUCAUUUAUACACAGAGCUCCUGGAGGCUAAUUUAUUAACGACUCUUGGUACUUUUGGUCUUCUUUUUGCUUUAAUUAGCACACCAGAUAAUGGAAAAAAUCAAAAAUUGCGGCUCAGCUAUCUUCUGGGAUUUGCAUUUUUAUCUGGGCUUGGAUUGGGUCCUUUACUUCAUUUGGUCAUAAGUAUUAAUCCAAGUAUUGUAAUAACUGCGCUUAUAGGAACGACCGUUGUGUUUGUAUCAUUCAGUAUUUCUUCUCUUUUGGCUGAACGAGGUCGUUGGCUGUACCUUGGCGGUACUCUAAUUAGCUUACUAAAUAUUAUGGUUCUGUUUUCAAUUCUCAAUCUCUUCCUCCGUUGGUCUUUGUUUUACCAAGCCCAUUUAUAUAUUGGAUUAUUCUUGAUGUGUGGUUUUGUCAUUUAUGACACGCAAUUGAUCAUUGAAAAAUACCACAUGGGCAGCAAAGAUUUUAUUCUGCAUUCAUUUGAUCUUUUCAUAGAUUUCAUUAGUAUUUUCCGUCACCUUCUUAUAAUCCUUACACAGAAGGAAAUAUCAAAAGAACAGCGUAAACGCAAGAAUUAAGCGAGAGUAAAGGAGAUUGUAAAGUAUCAUACCAUUCAAGUAAAUCCAUGAGCUAGAGGUCUUCAUCUAAUCUAAUCAUAUGUAAGACAUAUAUAUUUACUAUGAUACAAU